AUGUCCUCCGAGAACUCCACUUCACCUGGUGAACCGCAGCCGGCGGCGGGUGCCAGGAAGGCUUGCGACUUGUGUUUUCGAAAGAAAAUCAAAUGCGACAUGUUGAAGCCAACAUGCUCCAACUGCUCUCUUUACAGUGCCGAGUGUCGGACAAGCCUCAUCCGCCAGAAGCCUGGGGGCCGUGCAAGGCGAAGAGUAGGAGUACAGGAAGCUCCCGAAGAGGCUUCUGAGGAUUCCGAGGGCAUCAAGGCUCGCCUAGAGCGUAUAGAGAAGCUCCUGAAAGAGACUGCGGCACAGAAAGCGCCCAAUCCCUCUGCCAAUUCCGAAUCUCCCCAUUUUGAGGUGGACAGCCGUAGCAUGGAUUUCGGCACUGAUGACCAGAUACACAACUCUACUGCUCCAACAUGGGGAUUUGAUGCUGUGAGGCCAACUCUAUACUUCGGUCCAGGAGCAGCAGGAACCCCACUGCCACCACUCUACGAUAUUAUGCCACUUAUCGAUUUAUACUUUGACAAUUUCAAUCAGGUAUCGCCGAUUUUUGAUCGGAAGUCUUUUACUCGUAUGGUCAUCGAGUGGUAUAACCAAAGAGCAACUCAUAGCCGGGUUGCAUGGGCCGCAAUUCUUGCAGUCUGCUCUCUCGGCUUACGCGCUUCUCCUACUGAUAAUUCAUUAUUCAAGGGGCCAUUCACCAACAAAGAAUGCAGUGACUAUUGUUUGAGAAAUGCCCAGUCAGUUAUCCCGGAAUUGUUGAUCAGGGAGGAGGAUUUGCUGGGUGUCCAGACCUUACUCGUGCUGGCCACUCUGUUCCAUCAGGCCUGUGAUCAAAGAGCAGCAGGUAAUCUGGCGAGCAUGGCCCUCAGGCUUGCGCAUAGGAUGCGCCUUCACUCCAAGCAGUCCACGGAAUUCUUCUCUCCCGAGGAAAUACAGCAAAGAUCAAACGUGUUCUGGGUCGCAUACAUUCUAGACAAGGAUAUCUCCAUGAGGAUGCAAAUGCCAUCUGGGCAAGUUGACCAGGACAUUGAUGUCUCCCUUCCGCCCAUGAACCCGACUGGAACCGAUAAUGACAUUGGUCUUAUCUGGACGCGCGACCGUACCACUCCUUUCAAUCUUUUCCGCAUGCGUCUUGACCUCGCCCAUAUUCAGGGCAAACUCUAUGAUCUUAUCUACUCCAAUCGCUCUCUGAAGAUCAAUGCCAUUGAACGUCAAGCUCGGGUUGAAAGUCUACAAAAGCUGCUGACAACUUGGAUGGCCAGAAUCCCGGCAGCAUUUCAAAUCGAGCACGUGGCCGCAACUGUAGGUGAAACAGAAGUUGCGCACAUGGUCAAGUUUUACCACUCCUAUCUCACCACCAUCACGUUUCUCCAUGGGAUCUAUAGCCAGCAGGCGGAGUGGGUGAAGCGCGUGGGCCCUCAGGCCAGAUACGCCAUCCAAGAUUAUACUCUGGCCAUGUCUGGACAUGCUGCCGAUUGUCUCUCAGAAUACCUAGACCCGCCGGCAGAGAAAUACUGGUAUCAUUGUGUCGACAUCAGCCGCUUUACCUUGAAGCUAUUCCAGGAAGUGGCGCAAACAGACUGGCUGGUGUGGCAAUGCACUUGUGCUCAUUUUUCGGGGCUCGUCAUUCUUCUAUCAAACACCAUCAUGUACCCAACACAUGAAUUCGCUUCGCUUGAUAGCGAGAUAUCAACAGUGUCGGUUCAGCUGCUAGACAAAAUCGUGGCUGAAUCUAGUCACGGAGACAUAUUCGCAUCUCUCCAACACGUUGUGGCUGAUCUAUCCAAGCAUGCGAAAGCCGCGGUAUCAUCUGCUCGGCUUCAACAAGAUUCCGAACGUGUGUUUGGGCAGACCUUUCAAGAAGAUGACUGGUUUCCCGGGCAAUCUGCGCUCUCCACUUUUGGCAACGGGGACGAAGCAGAUUUGACGGGCACCUUCAACUUGAAUACUGACAUAGACCCUUUCUUGCACGCCGAAUGUGACCAAGGCAGUGCCCGGGUCAAUCUUGAGACCAUACUGUAA